ACCGCAACGCACGCGCAGUCUGGUAACAGUGGGCGCACGCACGCAGAGGUGGACACGGACACGACUGACUGCUGUGGGCACGAAAGUGCGAAGAUUUGUGGAAACAUGCUACCGCGGCGUAGUUUAACAACGACAGAGUGCCCAUGUUAGCCAAAGGGAGCUGGGCGAGCUACGCGGUAAACUUGGAACGCGUGCAGGUUGGCCUGUCUCCGUAAAAUGAGCGACUCCGGAGCGUCAGUGCGGCCGUCGUCGGAGCAACGGCGGCGGCUACUGUUGUCAACCGCGACGUUUCUGUGGGUGUUGUCAGCGGCUACGGAAGCACUUGAUGUGAAUGUCACAAAUGACGGGCCCGCCAUCCUGGACUCGACGAUUACCUUCCGGGCGCAGUUGGUCGGUGGCGAGUUCCACACGCUCUACUAUGUCUUCCGCCACAACGUGCCGUCAGCAGCGGAGCCAGAGACGAUCACCAAUGGAACAGAGGCCGUGCUGCCGAUGACAUUCCUCGCCUACAGGCACCCACCGGGAGAGUACGUGAUGACUGUAUCUGUGCUGAAGGAGUACUUCUUCACGAAGCACAAGAUUGCCGAGGGGUCCUGCAAGUUCCUGCUUACCCGGGACAUCGUGGGCAAAAUUGUGGCCUCCCAAGACGGCCACAUCCUGCCAGACGACCAGACCAUCGUGUCCACGAACCGAACGACAAACUUCACAUUCCAGCUGCACGAUCCCAGUGGCUAUUUCACCAACUCGUCCAACAGCUUGUCCUGGAAGCUGGACUACGGCCUGUCUCACUAUGCUGAGUACUACACCAUUAACUUCACCGACACAAGCGUUCACACCGUGAACCUUAUCGUGGUGGCCCUUGUAACCAGGCCAAACGCCACGUCUCCUCAGGUCAAGCUCGGUUCCUUCUCACGCAACAUUGCUCCCAAAGACCCCAUAACAGGUGUCAGCGUCCAAGGGAACGUCUGGCUUCGCCGUGGUGAUGUCGUCUCGCUCCAGGUGUCGUGCAACGGCAGCGCCCCCUACAACUACUGCUGGAAGUACCUGCCGGGCAAUGCGACCAGCAACUCGACAGCAAACCUGACCUGCGACGAGCCGAUUUCGACCAACCAGUGCCAGUUCCCGCUGGUGCACUACUUCCCACAGGAUGGCUCACACUUUAUUGCCAUCCUCGUGAGCAACAUCGUCCAGCAGAAGCCGUACAUUAAGAACAUUGAGGUGCACAUCUACGACGUGUCCCAGCAGCAGCAGCUGUCUACCAUCGUGGUGCCCAUUGUGUGCUCUGUGUUUGCCCUGGUCAUCGUGGCCUUGGGCAUUGCCUACCACAUGCACACUAGGAACCAGCUGCGCAUCGAGGUUGCCGAUUUUGAUUUCAACGAACCGCAUACGGACGACCUGGUGGAGAAGACGUUUGCUGACCGCCUCCGCAGUGCCCUCUUGCAAGCCCUACUGGGUGCCAUUGAUGACGACGCGGAGGCCGAGUCUAACAUGUCGCCAACAGCUUCCAGCAUUCGCCACCCUGUCGCUGCCAGCCGAGAGGAACUGCAUCUGGUCAGGAGAUCUUACGGCACUAUCGCGUGACUCAGUGAACCAACAAUCCACGACAGUUGCACUUGUACGAGGCCCUGGGGCGGAGUCGCCUCAGACCUACGAGAGAGAACCAUAGCGCCGAUGCCAACCAACCACUCCAGAGGUUUCGGAGCAGCUGUCAAGAGAAAGGAGAGGAGACAGGAUCCAGACCUGUUCUGGGGUCCUGGAGUGUGCGGUCCAAGCAGUUUGCAUGGAGGUUAUCUGGGAAGAGUGCAGGAAAGUUUACGUCACAGAUGGGCAUGGUGACUGUCACCCUCUGCUCAACUUGCGCCUGAUAAUGACGGAUGUACUCAUCUGGCAGCUACUGCACCAGUACUAUAAGUACACUGAAACAGAAAGUGAUAUUUGGAAAGCAAAGAAACAAUCAGUGUUAUGACUUAUCCCUUUCAAAAAUCUACCCGAGCUUUGCACAUUUCAACCAGACACUAUAAAUUAAAAAGGAUAUUAACAAAAAAAUUAAAUGUAUUUGUGCAAUUAUUGAAGUGUAUGUUUCAGAAUCAAAUUUACUGGUUCUUUUUGAAACACAUUCGAACAGCUAGUACCUGUUCCUUUAAUGGUUCGGCACGGAUAGAUAAAAUUUAAUGUCUAAGAGUAAUACAGAGUCUAAUAAUUAAGAGACACCAUAGUAGAGGUUAUGCAGAUUAAUUUUGACCCCCUUUUGUUCUUUAACAUGCAUUCAAGACUUGGUACACGAGCGUUUUGGUAUUUUGCCCUGUGGGAAUGCAGCUGCUGUUUCUGAAAAUCAAACUCUUGAACUCUGCUAAACAGCAGAAUGUCGUAUCUAUUGAGCCACUACAUCGGCUUGCCAAGACGGCAACAAAACGGAAAUGAAAUUGUUUUUUUGGUGCUGUAUGAUUUCAUACUGAUACAUACACAUCCACUGAAGGAGGUCAGAACAGUCAUUCCGACAUAAUUACGACGAAGAGACUUGUGCGCUAGUUACUAACUAGACUGGCCAGCGUUGCAAUCCAUCGUGUAAAUACUACAUUGUGUACUAAUUUCAAUGUAAUCAGCGCUUCAUUCAAAUAACAAAAUGAAUGCCCACUGUAUGAAAUUGACGACUCCUGCUAGCAUGGUGAAACAGUUGUUGUGCCCCGUGGCAAUUGCUUUCUUUUUUAGACGCACUUCUUUUAAACCAGCCAGCACUGCAGUCGCCGCUUGAAGUGCCUUGGAAUAUCUAAAAUACACGCUUAUCAUGAAAAGCCAACAAACAAAUACCCUAAGGAAAGCAUAGGGGAAAUUACUUGUACUUACUAACUGAAUUAAGCAAAUGAUAAAUUAAUGGCAAUGAAAGUGGAUGAAAGAACGACUUUCCGCAGGUGGGGAACGAUGCUAUGUUUUCUUUGGUGUCUUUUUUUUUUGUUGGCUUCUCAUGCUAUGAUUAAUAAAAAUCGGGACCCUCGGCCAACCUCUUCUCGUAAAAUACACUCGUGAAAUAUAUCACAUUUUAUUUGUUAUUAUUGACACCAUAGCUUUUGCUGACAGUAACUUUUUGGUCAUCGCAGGCAAUUGUGAUUCAUCAGCAACAGCUCCUGGGGGUCUGCUAUCGAACCUCGAUAUAACCACCAUUAACGAAUUAUUGGAUAUAGUGAAGCAAAUGAAAAAAAUCAUUGCUGUUACGGUGUAACAGAUGUAUGUUUGUAAGGAAUAUUGGAUGUAACGAAGCCAUUUUUCUGUCGGAUGCGAAUUCAUUAUAACGAGGUGCGACUUUACUUGGUACAGGCUGUUUGAGUGCGACGUGCAAACGCUCGUUUCGCAGCCUUUUGUUGUGUAUUGUGAGCAGCCUCAUUUAGAGGUUAUGUGCCUUUUGAAGCUCUGUCAGGACUGUUGUGCUGUUUGUCCCAAAAUGUUAUUCCCAGAGGGCCACAUUUGUGAUCAGAGCAUACGCUGAUGUGUAUGCACUGCAAGAGUAUGGAGGCCUAUGUGUCAGGGAAAUCUCCUUGGUCUCAAGUAACCCCACUACCCUAAGAAAAAAAACGUGUUAAAAGUGCUGCAGUCUUGCCUACCUGUAGCUGUAGUCUUGCCUACCACAGCUGAAGUAAGGAGUAUUUAUAAGUACAGUCCAUAUUGUAAAAUACAAACUAUAUUAAGCGUUCGCAAUCAGUUAAACAUUUCCACUUCAGAGAAGUAAGAGUCUAAACGUGUAUGCUAAUGAAUGCAAAUGUGAAGGAGGAAUCUACUUUUGUUUGAGUUGAAAGUCUAUGUGCAACUCUGUGAUGCUGUUGACGAAAGUUAAGUUGGUUGCUGUUUCCAAGUGGGUUCAGUGUUUUUUUUCUCAUAAAUUUUUUUCUUUGCACUGUGAAUGGACUGCCUGCUUGUAAAAGGAAGCAGCAUGCUCAUUGUUGCAUCAUUGAGUGCUGGACCCGUGGCAACUGGCAACAUUGCAGCAGGGGAUAAAGGUGUCUAGGGAGGGGUGGGGCUGUCCAUGCAUGCAUGUUGUUGGUGUUUAUGGAACUCCAUAAUGUUCCCAUAACAGAUAAUGGGGAACCCAAACUGCAAACUUCUAUGCCACUGUCCCCUGCUGCAGCUGGUUACGUUGCAGCAGUGGAUAAAAGACAUUGAAAUGCGGGGUUGUGCAUGUGUUUCGCGCAUUUACAUUGGUGGUGUUCUUGGACAUAACUUAAUCAGAAACUUACUGAUUAAUGUAGAACAGAGCUUGCAAAAUUGAUAUUUUUUUUUUGGGGGGGGGGGGGGGGCAUUUCUUGCUGCAACUGGUAAUGUAGCAGGAUAUGAGAGGAAUUAGAGGGCCAGGUUCAACCAUUGGUUUUGGUGCUCAUUAGAGAUGUCAUGAUUUCAUCCUAGAGGUUUUUGGGCACUGUGGCACUCAGUUCCAGGUGACUUUGCAAUCCAUAGCUGGUGUGGAUGGAUUGUUAGUUGUUGUGCUACUCCACUUUGGCAGACAAGCCAAGCUCACUAGUCUGAACCUGUGAUCAAAAUAAGCCAGUUGGUUGGACAGCCAUUGUAUGUGCUUUGUUUGCAUUAGAAUUUCCGGCAAUUUGCAUGUGGUUGUUCGUCCACAAUGCUGGUAUCAUUUCUGUUGAAGGAUGUUUGUUCCAAACUUGUAUCAAGUUUGUCAGCUCACUUCCUGAUUAAUGUGUGCCUUUCACUUGCAGUCGGUGGCCUUGAAAUGACCUCUAGUGUGUAGGAUGGCAUGUCUCUUAUUAUUGACAUUUGAAACGCCCUUGUAUCGUGGCUGCCAAGAGUUAUGUGCACAAUAGUGGCAGGCAGCUGAUAGUUGACCGAACAUGAGCUCUUCUAUAGAGGCUAGUUUAUGCAGAUACGUUGUUAAGAUGCCACACACAAGUAUAUGUGUGAAGACUGAUUAUCAAUACCUCUUUUUGGGUGAGUGUCUUCAUGUUGAAACAUAUGGGUAACAUUGCAAAUAGACGACCACAAGAAGGGAGACACGUACACACAAGCGCUUGAUUAGGAGACUUGAUCACUGCAUUUGUGAUUGUUUCAUGUUGUUGGCACGUAGGUGUCACGGUGUUGGGUGUCUACUUGCAGGUGAAGCUAUUUUAAAUGGGGUGUUCAAAUAGCGAAACUUGCUAACCAAAUUGAAUGACCUUUGAAUAUUGAAUGCCGGGUAUUUUCAUUUAUAAAUAAAAUGAAACAUAAAGGUUGUGUGAAGUCCGUCUGGGGGUGAAAAAGAAAAUGCCUUUUUACAUCAUUUUAAAACUGUAAAGUUGCUUAAAGCUGGACGUGUAGUCAAGUAAGGAAAAAGUGAGAAACAACUGAAUGGCAGUCAUAUCUGGAUGAAACACGGGAACAGCCAGUCACUAAGCACAUGUAGAGGGUUGCGGUCGUCGCAAGGGCAAAGUGAAAUACGAUAGCACUUUGCAUUGUUUUAAAGCAAUACAAGAAUGGUGCCAUUGUGAAAAUGAUAAGUUUCUUUGCCUAAAUUGAGAAACAGUUUUCUAGGGUGCUUAAAGAGAAGACUUCCUUAUUGAUUGACUAGAAGUAAUUCAGGAGAAGCCAGCUGCAUCAUGUGUUUCCUCUGCAAUCGGUGCCUUUGUGCUGCAACAGUAGUUGCCCUGCGAUAGGAUAAUUCGGAAUGUUCGACACUUGCAUCUAUGUUUAUGUUUAUACGUGUAGUCUUCAAUAACAGUUGUUAUUCCUUAUAUUUGGACAUGAGCGAAAUGUUCUAUAACUCCACGUAGUGAAUUCUCGAAUUUGAUACAAAUCGAAUAGCAAAAGCUAUUCAAUUCAUAUUUGAAAUUUGGAAUAUUUUUCUACCCCUAAUUUUAAGUAUGCAGAGUUUGCUGAGGGAAUAAAAUUCUUAAGCUUUGUUUAGAGGCAAGAAAUGGAGGAACAGAAAAUUGAGUUUGAAAACAGUGCACUGUUUAAGCUUGUCUCAUCAAAUUGAUUACAAUGACCUAUAGUUUGACAUGUCCCUUGAAGUGUAGUGUCUUCACGUUAGCAAAGUUGAAACGAUGCAUCUGUAGGAUCUCUAAAAUCAGGCACACUGACUUGAGGUUCACUCGUGUGAGUGUGGCCUUAUUAAAUGAAAAUGAGCUCCUAAUAGAUAGGAUAUUACAGGACAAAUUAUUUUGACAUCGUGUUGGAUUGCUGGCUAUCUCAUUCCAUUGCUUUACGUAAUAGCUGCAGAUCUAAUUUUACUGUCAGUUGAUGUGCAGUGCCUACAAGUGUGUGCCUUGCCCAAUUUCUUUUUCAGGCUCAGGUAUAGACUAGCUGGUGUGUAUCCACGUUUUCAAAAAGCAGCACAAAAGAUGCUGACAAAGAAUAAUAUGACGUCGUCGUAUUCUGGCUCUGUGUACACAUUCUGCACGGCUUCUUAAAACAUGCACAAUCUUUUCUCUUACACCUAGCUAUCUGAGUGCGGCUCUUUUACAUGCUGUUGCAGCACCCUUUCUACUGUGUUUCAAGUUUAAGGUUUUAACAUAUACGGUGUACUUGUGAACAUAUAGAAGUGUAGUUGUUAUUGCUUUGUGUACAUUUUACGUGCCCGGAGCAUUCAGUCAUACAUAAUUUAAUAUGUGACACAAGCACAAAUAGUCCUCCCAAAGACACCUGACAAUAUGUUACACCUUUUUGCAUCUGUUUCAGUUUCGUGAGAGAGUAAUUGUUAUAUUGCCUGUGUGCUCUUCCUUGUUUUGUUGGCUGUUUUGCUGGUAGAUCCUAUUAAAAACAGCACCUAGCUAGCACACCACGUAGGACUUAUUUACAGGUAAUGGAGAUUAUGGGAAAACACAUACUCAUUGAAGUGUGAGGGCUGCGGAGGACAAUCCCGAAUCUUAGCGUGCUGCAAAAAUUUUCCCACAGGCCCUGACAACAUUUAUGUCCAAGUGAAAUGUGGAGUGCAACCCUUCAGGUCGUGUAAGCACUAUCUUAUAUACAAAGAAUGUGGUAUUAUGCAUUUAUAUUAUUUUAAUAUGAUAGAUAUUAAAGUUUACGCUCCUGUUUUACUUGAUGAAUUUUAUAUAUAUGUAUAUUUUAUUGUCUUUUAGAGGAUGCAGUCUUUUGCUGGGAUCAUUCACAUAUCGCAGGACACUGUAUAUUUGAAAUGUAGUAUUGUCAGCCAUUUGUAACAUUUUUGUUUAUACAUUGCUCUAUACAUACAAUGCAAGUUUUGAAGUUUUAGCUCUGUUUGAAAUUACUGCAAUAGUUACGUGUUUAUUGGCUAUAUUGCAAUGCUAAAGAGAGCACAUGAAUUACAAUGUAGCAUAUGUGUUUAUUUUUUCAUUUAUUAUUAUUCUUAUUAUUCUCUUUUUUUUGCUGUAAGAAAUUUGUGGCUGAGGUUCACACAUAUAUUUUCCAAAAAUUGCCAUGUAUUUCUUGCCCUUUACCAAUACGUACUGUGCCAAAGACGCCCCACCCCAGCUGCUUAGUUUUGUCUGUGCUUGCUGUACUUUGGAAUAAGUUAAGCUAGUAGCAAAAGUGUUUGCAUUUUCUAAAUCUGGCCACCCCUCCUGCAAGUGUGUGAAGCAUGUCACUCGCAGAUUUAACUCCCUUCACACUGGUCUCGCCAACACCUUCAGCAACGUUUGUUAACUGUUUUUAAGGAUACCACAUCCGGUGUGGCGCACUUACUGGUUCAUGUGAUGUUUUAUAUAUCCGGAGCACCUCGUUUUGUCCUGCCUGUGAGGCACCGCAGUGCCAGGUGUAGUUACGCUUGGCUCAUGGCAAACCAUAGCUUACAUGUUCCUACUAAUGUACAACUUGUGUGUCGUGUUGGAAGCGAUGGCUUCGUUUCCAGUUGUAUAAAUGUGUCGUGAGAGGGUAGGAAUAUCUUGAAUGGAACCUCUGUGUUAUACGUCACAUUUUGGUUUCUAAAACCAUGACUCCUGUGGGGUUCACUUAUAGUACAGACAUCUUUAAGGGCAUAGCAUUGACCCUUUACCAACCAACCUGUUGUUUUUGUGAGAUGUGAAUAAAUGUUUGGCUACUUCUCUAUGAAA